AGGAUGUGUUGGGAAAAGUUGGUAGUGGUCGAAGACUGACUGAAAGGCGUGUUUUUCUCUUUGAUGGCUUGAUGGUACUGUGCAAGCCCAACAGUAAACGCACAUCUGUAUCUGUUACGGGUCCUGUCGGAGGCGAGUUUCGCCUCAAGGAACGCUUCUUUAUCCGUAAAGUGGAAAUUGUUGAUCGAGAGGAUACUGAAGAGCUGAAGAAUGCAUUUGACAUUGCACCAAGAGUUCAGCCCAGUGUUACUCUUGUUGCAAAGUCUGUUGAAGAUAAGAACAACUGGAUGGCAGAUUUGGUCAUGCUCAAUACCAAAAGCAUGUUGGAACGCACAUUGGAUAGCAUACUCUUGGAUGAAGAGAAGAAACAUCCCUUGCGACUACCUUCGCCAGAUAUUUACAGGUUUGCUGAAAGUGAUUGCAAGGACAACAUUGUCCUUGAAGAAAGAGAAAAUGCUGGUGUCCCACUUAUUAAGGGAGCCACACUGUAUAAAUUGGUCGAGAGGCUAACUUAUCAUAUAUAUGCUGAUCCCAUGUUUGUACGCACUUUUCUCACAACCUACAGAAGCUUCUGUUCGCCACAGGAACUCCUUGGUCUCCUGGUAGAGAGAUUUAACAUUCCCGAUCCAUCCAUCGUGUAUGAGGAUAAUAAAGAUUCAUUAGAGUCAGAUAAGACGCUAAAAAAUUCACAGCGAGAAGACUGGAAAAGGUAUCGAAAAGAGUACUGUCAGCCAGUACAGUUCAGGGUGCUAAACGUACUAAGACAUUGGGUAGAUCAUCAUUUUUAUGACUUUGAAAGGGAUCCAGCAUUGUUAGAGCAACUUAACAAUUUUUUAAAUACAGUAAAUGGAAAAUCAAUGAGGAAGUGGGUCGAUUCAGUGUUGAAAAUUGUGCAGCGAAAGUCUGAUCCAGCUGAACAGCAGAGAGAAAUUAGAUUUGCUUUUGACCGUUCGCCACCUCCGACUGAAUGGCAUAUCCGCUGCCCUGAAGAAGAAUGGAAUAUUCUGACUCUACAUCCAAUAGAAAUUGCUCGUCAGCUGACAUUGUUGGAGUUCGAACUCUACAGGGCAGUAAAACCAUCAGAACUUGUUGGAAGUGUGUGGACCAAAAAGGAAAAAGAACAGACUUCUCCGAACCUUCUUCGCAUGAUCAAACAUACGACAAAUUUCACACGAUGGCUAGAAAAAAAUAUUGUGGAAGCAGAAAACUUUGAAGAAAGAGUUGCAAUAGUAUCUCGGAUAAUUGAGAUUAUGUUAGUUUUACAGGAACUGAACAAUUUUAAUGGGGUAUUGGCUGUUGUGUCGGCAAUGGGCUCUGCAUCAGUCUUCAGGCUUAAAUUUACUUUCCAGGCCAUAUCAGCUCGUUUGGAGAAAGCUCUUGAGGAUGCAAGAGAGCUUAAUAGUGAUCAUUUUCGAAAAUAUCAAGAGAAACUUCGUUCGAUUAAUCCUCCGUGUGUUCCUUUUUUUGGUAUGUACCUGACUAACAUCCUUCAUAUUGAAGAGGGAAAUCCUGACUACUUGCCAAACUCUCCAGAACUUAUUAACUUCAGCAAACGACGGAAAGUAGCUGAAAUAACGGGUGAAAUACAACAGUACCAGAACCAACCUUAUUGUUUAAAGACUGAACCAAAGAUUCGGCAUUUUUUGGAAACACUGGCACCAUUUGAAGAUAUGAAAGAUGCAGAUAUCAGCAAUUACUUGUACAAUAAGUCAUUGGAAAUAGAGCCUCGUGGUUGCAGACAGCCACCUAGAUUU